AUGCAUCACGCGCUGGGGUGUGCGUUGGAUGAACUCCGCCGCCUCGUUCCUUCCGCUCCUGACUCACUCUCCAUCGAAACAUUAAUUGCCAUUCGGAAUCAAAUCGCAGAAGAACAAAAAGACAGGGGAUUGACGCACGAAGCGAUUCGCCUCGAAGCCUUCAAGCAAACACUUCAAUUUAUCAAAAGCCCUGACGACGAUCUCGCCGCUCACCUCAACACACUGUACCUCAAACACCGAUUUGAGGAUAUUCAGUUCUUCGACGAUGUACUCCCCGCGCUGAAUGCGCUGCAGCGUCAUUAUAUGAUGGGUAUUUUGUCCAAUGGCAAUACCUAUCCAGAGCGUUGUGGACUGGCAGGCUAUUUUCAAUUUGUAGUGCUCGCUCAGGACUACGGCAUCCGAAAACCCGAUCCGCGACUUUUCGAGAUUACUAUUGAGCGUGCAGGGUGUGCGAAACACCAGUUACUACAUGUGGGCGAUUCUUUCCAAAAUGACAUCAUCGGUGCGAAACAGGCUGGCGUAAGAUCUGUCUGGCUGAAUCGUGAGGGUGGAAAUAAUGAAACAGAGCAGCAACCCGAUUUUGAAAUAUCAUCGUUAAGAGAACUGACAGAAGUCCUUGAGAAUUUCAUGUAA